AUGGCCGAGCUGCUGCGGAGCCUGCAGGACUCCCAGCUCGUCGCCCGCUUCCAGCGCCGCUGCGGGCUCUUCCCGGCGCCCGAGGACGACCCCCGAGAGGACGGCGCGGGCCCGGCGGAGGGCGCGGCGAGGGCGCCGGGGGCCGAUCAUCGCUCCGCGGCAAACGGCAAGGGCGCCGGGGCGCCGGCCAAUGGGCUGCUCAGAGCCGCGGCCCCGCAGGCUUAUGUAGAGAAAUACAUUGUGAAGAAUUAUUUCUACUACUACCUAUUCAGAUUUUCAGCUGCUUUGGGUCAAGAAGUGUUCUACAUCACAUUUCUUCCAUUCACUCACUGGAAUAUUGAUUCUUUUUUAUCCAGAAGACUGGUCAUCAUAUGGGUUCUGGUGAUGUACAUUGGCCAGGUGGCCAAGGAUAUCCUGAAGUGGCCCCGCCCCUUCUCCCCUCCGGUGGUGAAACUGGAGAAGAGAGUGAUUGCUGAAUAUGGAAUGCCAUCUACCCAUGCCAUGGCGGCCACCGCCAUUUCCUUCACCCUCCUCAUCUCCACGAUGGACAGAUACCAGUAUCCCUUCGCUCUGGGGCUGGUGAUGGCUGUGACGUUCUCUGCGUUGGUGUGUCUCAGCAGGCUCUACACCGGGAUGCACACAGUCCUGGAUGUGCUGGGCGGCAUCCUGAUCACCGCAGUCCUCAUCGUCCUCACCUACCCCGCCUGGACCCUCAUCGACCGCCUGGGCUCGGCCAGCCCCCUUUUCCCCGUGUGUGCCAUCGUGGUGCCAUUCUUCUUGUGUUACAACUACCCCGUGUCCGAGUUCUACAGCCCCACCAGGGCGGACACCACCACCAUCGUGGCCGCAGGGGCUGGGGUGACCACCGGGUUCUGGAUCAACCACUUCUUCCAGCUCGUGGCCGACCCCACGGAGGCUCUGCCUGUCAUCCAGCACAUCCCCCCGCUCACCGCGGGCAUGCUGGUUCUGGGCCUGACCAAAUUCAUGGUGGGGAUUGUGUUGAUCCUCCUGGUUCGGCAAGUAGUCCAGAAUCUCUCGCUGCAAGUCUUGUACUCCUGGUUCAAGGUGGUCACCAGGAACAAGGAGGCCCGGCGGAGGCUGGAGAUCGAAGUGCCUUACAAGUUUGUCACCUACACGUCGGUUGGCAUCUGUGCCACCACCGUUGUGCCCAUGCUGCACAGGUUUCUGGGAUUACUCUGA